UUUUGAAUAUAGUUAAUGAGCUCUGAUAGAUACAAAUUUUAUCAUACGUUAACACCUUAUUCUCUUCCCAGUUUCUCUUACAUAUUUAGACGAUGAGGAGAAUGCGCGACAAGCAUAUGAACAAGCUGUUAGUUUGGAGUCUCGCGAUCCCAGUGUUUGUCUUAAUUAUGCUGUUUUUCUACAUAAUCAUGAUGAUGCUGAAGGAGCUAGAAGAAUGAUAAAUGAAUUUGAAGCAAGAGUGGUCAGAUUUCGACAAGCUACAGGGGCUGAUUUAGAUACUGAGGUAAUGGAAAUUGGUGCUAAACUAGCAGCCAUUUUGGGAGUUAGUGGAAGUGUCUUUCAAAAAAGCUCUGGAAGAACUAUGCUUGAAGCAGAAGAUGAAACAGUUUUACCAUCUGAAAAGUUAAUAAUCACAAAGGAUGCUGAUCAGGAUGCUGGAGAAACUCCUCAAGAAACAGAUGGUACAUCAAACCCUACUGAGAAUUCUACAUUGUUAGUACCAUCCACUCAUAAUCCUGAAUUGCACAACCCUCCAGCAGAGACAUCAGAAGCAUUGGACCAGGAAGCCACUCCCUUGGCAUCAGAACAGGAAGAACAAGAUCCUGACUCCCCACAAAUACCUCCUGAGGACAGUCAGGAGAAUGAUGAAGCUGAUAAAAAAUAUGAAGAUGAAGAUUUAGUGUAAACUGUAGUUUAAAUUAAAAUAUAUCUACAAUGUAAAAGUUCUCAUUACUUAUUACACUGCAAGCUGCCAAAAAUUAAGUGGUGUCAGCCAAGAUUGAGUUGUCAGCAGAAUACUAGAUAUUUUUCAUUUACUGAGUAUUGUUAUCAAUUAGCCUUCGCAUGUAUUUUCUCUGAAAUAAAUUAAUAAGAAUCAUA